CUUCGCCACAAAAUGACUCUAAUCUCGCCUCAAGUGCUGAAGAAGUAUUCGAUACCAUUCAGUAAGAUUACUCAAGAGGAGGGAGAGUUUAUGAUUACGUUUCCCUAUUCAUAUCACGCGGGAUAUAACCAUGGAUACAACUGCGCCGAGUCCACUAACUUUGCACUCCCGCGUUGGGUCGAGUUUGGCAAACGCGCCGUACGGUGUCUCUGCCGAUCGGAUUCGGUUCAGAUCAAUAUGGAAGCAUUCGUCAGGAAGUUCCAGCCCGACAGGUAUGACAUGUGGCUGCACGGGAAGGACAUCGGACCCGACCCUAAAGAUCCGAGUCAUGUAUGCGCCGCACCCGCGCCCUCCCAUUACGAAAGGGAUAUUAUGUCCAAAUUUAAUAAACACAAACGCCAUCCGCCGCACAAAAAGGACUUCUCCUCUGAUACUGAAGAGUAUAAUAGUGAUGAUUGUGACGAUGAAUGUGGGCCUCAAUGGACUCCUCCGACAAAAGCCGCCCGAAAGAUGUUCGAGAAUUGCGAUGAAUCAGAUCUCAUGAAUGGUUUAAUAUCCGCGCCGAGUAUAUCAUCGAUCAGUGCAGACACCAUCUCUUCGAUGCCUAAACCGCCGACUAUUUCCGAAACCAUUCAUCGAUUGCAUCAGAAUCUCAACUCUUCUUCGGAUAAGCAAAAGGAAAAGAAACGCAAAAAGAGAGCAAAUGAGUCGUCAGUUCCGCCGCACCUUCUGAACCAUUCGUAUGCGAAACUCAAUGACCAGAAGUCUCGUGUCUCGUCCUGCACUCAACCAAACUCUCAAACUAGUUGUGAAUAUUUCGCACACUUUUCACUCAACGACUCCAACAUUUCAGACAUGGAAUCGAUUAAAUCGCAAGAAGUAAACCAUACCUCAAGCCCCCACUCAACUCACUUUCUGAGUGCAAACUGUUCGUCAACAUCCACUCAGUCGACACCCCAUUCGCAGUCCUCUCUCAACACUGAUUGCAUGUUUAGUCCAGUCCUUGAGAAUCCAUUAAAUAGUGAACCGAAAGCCAACCAAAUGAAUGAAUCGGAAGAGCAAUACGUGAUGAGACCAAUGGUAUCGCAACCGCCGCAUAUCAUACCAUACUAUGAAUAUUCUGCUGACAAUAUAAACCUCUCUUCACAGCCACCU